CCGCUGCAGCCGUUACCACGACCACUACUUCUGCCACCGCCUCCACCGCCUUCUUUUCAUGCUCAGCCAAUACUGCCCACAAAGGAUAGUAGUAGCUCAGAUUCUGAUACAAGUGAGUAUUCAGACACAUCACCGGCGAAGAGAAGGAGAACAAUGCCGACCACAACGGCCGGUCCUAGUGGUGGCGGUGUAGAAGUGGAGGAGGCUAGACGCAGUAAGAGAGAUGAAGAAGAGACGACAGUGGCAGCUGCGUUAUCAAGAAGUGUGACUGUGAUUGCAAACGCGAUUAGGGAGAGUGAGGAGAGACAAGAUCGGAGACAUAAGGAAGUGAUGAGUGUACAAGAGAGGAGACUAAUGAUCGAAGAAUCUAGUGUUGAGAUGAACAGAGAAGGGAUGAAUGGAUUAGUGGAAGCCAUUAAUAAGCUAGCUAGCUCCAUUUUUGCCUUGGCUUCUUCUUCAUCAUCUUCUUCUGCUCGCCAUAAUAAUCAACAUCAAGGAGGUCCACCAUAAUAUAUAACUUGAAUAAUUGUUAUGUAGUUAAUUUGAUUAGGGAAGUGAUGAAAUCGUGGAGAGUGAUGACCGGAGUACAUAAAUUGAUAUCUGAAGUCUUAAUAUUGUUUUUCACUCUCAAAUGCUUUUUAUAAGUAAGUGAAAUUUGUUGAUUCCAUGCAAAAAUCGAAAUGUGAUACUUAUGAACAUGGUAAUUAAACUGUGGACUUCAUAU